AUGGCACAAACGUCCUUCUGUGGCCUGACGCCCAUUCUAUACCUGCUCAGUGUGCUGGGCACGUAUCACACCUGGGGCCGAACUGUUCUCGAUGGGACACUGUUCCAUCUAAUUGCAGCUCUGCACGGAUCGACAUCGUACAUCCUGCCUGGCACCGACUCUCUCCUCCGGACGUGCAUUACGGGCAUCUACUGGCCAAUUGAUUAUCUCCUAGAUAUUCUGAUUGUCUUUUUCUGGGAAGCUGUGGAUGGAUCGCAUCCGGCCACUUCGGCCAUUGGCGUUUACUUCCUAGCGCAGUACCUGAGUGUGCUGACAGGGGUAUAUGUGGAUAGUCUGAGGCGGGGCCAGUCCGGAAGGACCAGUCCUAUGCGGACGAUGCUGUGGCUACUGUUGUUCCAACUCUCGGCUAUCGCCUGUACCGGCCCACUGUGGGCUCUUUGGUAUCUCACCAACAGCCCAUUGAUCGCAGACGACAUCUCAUUCGAGCAUUUACGCAACAAAUCCAGCACCCCGCCCCGCCAAGUCAUACUGAUCCUUCCUAGCCUAGUCCUGGGCUACCUACUCCCCGCGGUGGCUAUGGCGCUACCCUCCCCUGGCCUGGUGUCCAACAACUUUCAGCAAUUAGCAUUGGUGGCAUGGAACAUCUUCCCGGUCCUUGUCUAUCUGGCCAUGCGGGUCCUGCAAAUGGUCCUACCCGUCGGCAAGGGUAGUAUCUGGAACGAAGAGUAUACGUUCAGGAGGACUGCAACGUGUAUAUUGAACGCGACAAUGCUUUUGAUUAGUUUCACCACCCAUAUCGGGCUGACGAGCAUCAGCCUCUCCACAAUCCUGUUCCCGAACCUCUGGGCACCGGAGGCCAUCCGAGAGUUCAAUCCGGCUUCGCUGCUGAUUCCGCCGGUCUCUGUCACCCGGGCGCAGACGGUUGGAGACGGAGUCCGCAGCUUCUUCCUGUGGGAUCAAGUUUUCGGGUAUACGGUGGGCAUCCUUGUUGCCUGGCUACAGCUACGGACGGUCCUCAUUUCGCGUGGGUGGCAUCGGCAAUGGCCAUGGCCAAAGGUUCUGUUGGGAAUUAUUGGCGGGACAAUGAUCGCGGGACCAGGGAGUGUAUGCUUGGGAUUGAACUGGAUCCGAGAUGAAAUCUUGAUCCCGUCCGGCGGGGCCAGCCAGAAAGAAGAGUAA